GCGGGUCCACUCACCGAAUUGCCAACAUUCCUCUCGAUUCCACAAUUUCCGAUUACACCCGUCGAAUACUCGAAAAUCGAUAAUCGCCACAGUGUCACCGCUAAAAUAUUCAAGAUGGCGUCGACUGUAUACAUGGUGAAGAAAGAUGGCGUAGCUUUGAAGCUUUGCUUGCAGAGUUAGACGGUAGUUUCAACCAUAACAUGGGCUUAGUUUGGCAGCAGCCAUGUCAAGAUUUCGAAAUGGACAAUUGCCACUGCCGGCUGGUUGGGAAGAAGGGAGAGAUUACGAUGGGAAGAGUUACUACAUUGACCACAACACAAGAAAAACGUCGUGGAUUGACCCGCGAGACAGGUUGACAAAGCCACAGACCUUUGCAGAUUGCUCCGGGGAUGAGUUGCCGUUUGGCUGGGAGGAAGCAUGUGAUCCGAUCUUAGGAAUUUACUACAUCGACCACAUCGACCAAACCAAUCAAAUUGAAGACCCUCGAGUCCAAUGGCGACAAGAGCAGGAGAUGAUGUUGCGUGACUACCUUCAGCAGACAGACACGGAUGACACCCUGGCCAAACAGGAGAUAUGUAGUGUCAAACAACAACGGUUACAGCUGGCUGAGAAUGAGGUUCAACACUUGAAUGAUGCAUUAAAUGGAUGGCAGUCAAGAACAAGCUUGAACUCAAACAGUUCUACCAGUAGUACUCGUUAUGAUCCGGACCUACUCAAAGUGGAAGUGGCUAACGCUAAGGCCAGGGUGGCUCAGAUUCGCAGUGAGCUUACGCAGAUGAAGGCGCAGGUGUUUCUGCAGAACCAAGAGUACAGAGGAAAUGAAAAGGCUUGUAGCAAUCCUGAGAUCAGAUAUCAGUCUGACGAUGGAGUCAAUUACACCGAGUCAUUGGUCAAUAGUCAAGACCCUAUCACCCAAGUCCCUUCCAUGGUAUACCACCAGCAUAAACUCAACACCACAUUACAAAGCGACCUCCCGGGCCAUUUCCACUACAUGGGAGGAGGACGGCUGGCGGAGAAAGAAAGAGUCCGGAUGAAGUAUGAAGAUGCUCAAAGAAGGUGUUGUCUUCUACAAAUUCAGAUUUCGGAGUUGGAUGAGCAACAGCCAUCCAGUCAGAAUGAGGCAGAUAAAGACAGACUUCUCCUUAUUUCGGAAAAGAAGGAAUUACUGAGGGAACUGAAGAGUGUCUGCCAGCAUAAAAGAAGUGCAGAGGAAAGGCAAAGAAUAGAGGCUGAGAAAGAAGCUGUUAUUCAACAAAUCACAGACGCCAAAGAUGAAGUCACUAGGGUGCUACAUAAUAGAAUAAAACUUCAAGAGAAAAAGGACCAGUUGAAUCAGCAGCUAGCCGACAUCACACGGGAAGCUAUGCAACUAGAAUCACAAUUAAAAAGUUUAUCUGUCAGUACCUUAUCGUCAAGUUCAAGUCGAGGAUCAUUAAGCGCUUCCAGUCGAGGUUCAUUAGCCUCCAGUAAAGGCUCGUUAAACAGCGCCCUCAGUUACACCGAUAUGCCGCCAUCCCAGUAUUCUAUAGAUCUAAAUAUGAAAGAUAUUCAACAAAAGGUGGAUGCACUCUUCCAUGGGAGUAUGGAAGGCAUGGGUUCCUCCGCUCCUAAUUCCCCUCAACACAUCAAGCCGAGUCCUGCCAAUGUCAUGUCGGUUCCUGGUGGUGUUGAGAACCACAAAUCCAUGACGUCCCUAUCCUCCCGGUCAUCUCUUUCCUCCAUGUCGCCUCCCUCAUCGCCAAGCACCGCCCAUCUCAACGGCGACAUUAUGAGAUACGACGGACCCCCGCCGACUUACAUCGAUCACUUGAGCACCGUUCAGAGACAGAAAAAUAACAUCGCUGGGUAUUUGCAGACACAGGGUCUUGAGGAUGAUCACCUCGCGGGGGGGCUAUCGCAGCUGACCCUUAACGGUGGGGAGGGAGUGAUGCAGAUGCCCCACCCUCAAGGAGCUCAGGAUGGGGGUGUUUUGCCUGGAGGAGGUGGUGUAGCGGUAGGAGGGAGGGGGCUGGUACGGCUGAGUAUGGAUCCUAAGAUACCCGGUGCUGAGUAUAACGUAGAGAUAAUCGGUAAUACGCCACUUAGCCCGAUCAGUGAAGGCAUUGCAGGUGUUGACUUACGGCGUCUUGAGAGUCAGUCCGCAGCGGCUGCUAGGAGUGUUACUGCAGCAGUUUCAGAUGAAUCCAUGACAGGAGACAGCGGAGUUUAUGAAGCAUCUAAUAAGAGACCAACAGAAGCAGAUGACGACCCUUACCUUGUUGGUCUACCGAGUCUAAACUGUGCCCAAAUACAGCUCACUCUCCAAUAUGUGUCAAACGAGGGGGUACUUGUAGUAGCUUUAGAGCAGCUUCGACACAUCAGGGCUCUGUUGCCGGCUGAGUGCACAAAAUUCUACAUCAAGGGUGACAUUCUACCGUGCCCUCCCAACGCCAACCUCAGCUUCAAGACAGACAACAUUGAAGACACAAGUCUCAGGGUACUAGGUCAGACAGUCAGCUUACCUAUCAUGGAGAAUAAGAUUGGUACCAAGACCCUGCAGCUGUAUGUGUGGAGUGUAGGUGCUAUGCAGUUGGAGGAGUGUGUGGGAGGGACAAGGAUAAGUUUAGCCAACGUGAACCCUCGCCAUUCAGCCAAAUCCCAAUGGCAUAAUAUCGUCAACUUUAAAGUCCUUCAGAUGGAAGCUCAACGCUAUGCAGCUUCAACACCCUCCGAUUCAAACCACCAGUCUGGUGAGUUAUUUACCUCUCGGGUUCGACGAGCGUCCGUCGGUGACAAACCGUCUUCGACCAUUGAGCCACCACCACCAGCAACAGAUGGUGCUACAAACGCAACGGACACUAGAUUUAGAUCCUCUUCAUUUGACAACUCCUUCAUCAACCGCCAUCGCAAUCUCACCACAAUCGCCGUCAACAUCAACGACGAUCAAUCCAGCCACAACCACUCCUUAUCCUACCCGUCUUCAUCCCAAGCGAGCUCCCCCCGUGGUCCCCUACUCAGCGGUCAGUACUCUGUCGACCGCGAUGCAAGAAUGGAGAUGUUGAGGAAUAGCUUGAGAGGGGCGGAGGCGCGGAAUAACUUUCUUGGGAGGGCGCCCUCGUUGUCUAGGUCGAAGACCUUCAACGCGGGUCAACCACCGCAGAAACAGUAUAUAUGCAAACUUAAUCGUAGUGAUAGCGACAGUGCGAUGGCCUUGCAGAGGCGAGCGCCAUUCUUAAGGAAUUCACUGGAGAGAAGGAGUUUAAGAUGGAAACAGCCAACUGGUCUAUUAAACAAGAGGUCAUUCCACCACAGGUCACCAAGUGACCUUGAGGUCAGUCUACAAGCAUCCAAAGAGAGACACCUCCAGAUACAGGAAGAGAUUGAGAGGUUGAAGGAGAUUAAGAGAUGUGUUGAGCAGGCCAAUACUAAGGACGGUGAGAACUCUCACUCCUCAGUAAACAACAGCAGCGACAUCUUAAGAAAGCUUUUAGCGAGUGCGGAGAAGACAUCCCAAGUCCAGAAGAAGUACACCACCACCCAGCAGAAGACGGAAUACGUAAGAAACGCUUUAAGUAAACAAACGUCACCCAAAUCAAAUUCUGUACAUAGAUCAGCGACUUUUAGCUAAAUAAAUUCAUCAUGCGUUUUUUUUUAAAUAAUGUUUUUUUUAUAAAGAAUUGAUAUUUAUACGUAUAUUAAAAAAAACUCUCUUACUUUUCCAAAAGUUUCAAAAAUUUGUUUUGUAGCCAGGGCGCCAUUUAUUCAAAGCUCUCGAUUUGAAGUAUAAAAUAAUAAAAUAACAUUUUUGUUUAGUUCUAUUAAUAAUGAUAAUUAUUAUUUUAUUUUUAAUGAGGUGGAAAAGGGGGAUUGAUGCUCAAAUUUUUUUGAAAUUUUAUGCAUUUUUAGAAAAACAAAAUUCUUGAUGCUUAAUGAUUUUAUCGCAAUGUCUUUCUUCAAUCUGGCAACAAAGAAAAAAUUGUCAGACUUUUUGCAGCUCUUGAAUAAAUUUUAAAAAUCUUUACCCAUUUUUAUAAAUGUAUUCAAAAUCAACCUUUAAAAUCAUGGCGUACAUGUAACAAAAGAUAACAAAUUUGUAGCAAUCAAGUGCAUUGUAAUUUAUCUGCAAAGCUUAUUUUAAAGCUGUAGAAGAAUUAAAUUAUUUAAAUUAAUGAUGACGAAUUGUUCCAUUUAUAUUGAAUUUAAAUCCAUGUCCAAUGGUUUCUAUGCAAAUCAGCGAGUGCCUGAAUUAAAACCUGACGUUUAAAACAAAAGAGAUUUUGUCUUUAAGGAAGGGUCAUUCGGUUGUAAUGAUCCCCCAAAAAUGUUUUAUUUGAAAGCCUUCUUGUCAUAAAGACGGUUAUUUUAGUUAAGCAUCCUGUGACAAAUGUGAAACUCAAAUGAUCCCCUUCAGGCGACUGUUUGAGAUUUAAAUUUCCGUGUUCAUCCAACUUGCUAGUCAUGGAUGAACUCAACGUUCUUAAGGAAAAUAAUUGCCUCCAUGCCCCCUGGUCAUUGCCUUGGUGCUCCUAAAAUCACCAGUAGAAGUUUCCUCAUAGGGUGAAGCCCUUUAUGAAGAAAAUGCCUUGGUGCCCUUGCCCUCUCAAAAAUGAAACAUACAGGCCUGAUAUUCGCGUGCUUAACCUAAAAUUCAGUAUUUCUUUGACGAAACAAAAACAAUGACCCAACCUUGAAGCAAAUUUUUUGAAUUCUUCGUCAUUUUAUCACUGAUUAAUUCCAUUGAUCUCCUUCAAGCUAUCCAAGCUGCAAUCUGGCUCCAAGCUGAAAGCAGAAAAGCAAAAAGUGUUCAGGCCCUCCAUUUUUAAUUAACAUUGUAUCUCUCACAAAAAGCGCUUCAUGCAAAAAUGUAGUAUCACAAGACCAGGAAAUAGUACCCGAAAGAUGUUAUCUUUACGGGUAGCUUUGGUUUUGGCUUUGAUCUACAAGUGGUUUUUAGUUAUCAUUGGGUAAAAAACAACUAAUGGGUGCAGUAACAGUGUGUCGUCUGUUCAUUUUCAGAUGCAUUCAAAUUGUCUUUUUUCUUUAAAUUGUCUCCUUUUAUUUUCUUUCUUUCAUUUUUGCGAUGUCAUGCCAUGUGGCUGCUUAUUCGCAUAUCGGUAAAAUCAGCCUGGGUUGUGGUUUUAGCUUCAAAUGUAUCGUACUUUAUUGGGACAAACAGCAGAACAAGAAUGAAUUUUGCCCUGUAGAAAGUGCCAUAGCGAAAGUCUAUGUGUUGUGUUUGGUUGCCCAUGUUGUAUUUUCAUGAGAAAACAUUGUGUGAUUUACAAUGAGUCAAUAAUUGUGUCAAUGUAGCAAGAGUUGCUUGAACACUACUGGCUUACACAGGGGUUAGGCACAACAGUCAGGAUAAUAUUGUGCGCUGAAAGAUCAAAAUAUGGGGAGGUAGUGCAUUCUGCUCUACCAGCCAGGCUUCUGAUGGAUGAUACCCAAGCCUACAUCCGUAUGGACUGUGAAAGGGGUAACCCUGUUUCAGCCCUAGGAGUAGGUGGCAUUGGCCCCUGACAAAAAUAUAUUGUAGCCAACACCUUAAAGUGGCCUUCGGGCCUGGCGACUUGCAUAAAAGAAAAAAAUAAGCUAGUUACGAGUUAAAUUUGAGUUGUGUCUGGUACAGUGCCUUGUACAGCCUCAAGUGAAUGCUCAUUUGGAUAGUCCUCAGACUAAAAUCAGCUAUGUCACUUGGUUAAGUACAAACGUUUUACGUAGUUACAUAGGAGACGGGAAACACCUGAACACAAUUUCAAAUGUGUGACACAAAGGACACCAGUCUUUGCUAAUAAUAAUAAUAAUUACAACAUUUAUAUAGCGCUAAACUCGGUUGUUUCUAAGCGCUUUAACCAGAUUGACAAAACAGAUGGGUUUUGAGUUGAGUUUCAAAGUGUCCAAUGAAGGAGCUGCUUGAAUGUGGGUGGGUAGCUUGUCUAUGCCCAGUCUCACAAGCACAAAAAGUAGCUUAGAACAACAACAAUUAUUCUUACCAGUAUAAGGUAACCAGCCUAAAUACCAUGUUACAUGUACAAUUUCAUGUCAAUAGAUCCAUUCUUUUGUAUUUAAUCUGUUCUUUGUUAUUUUUG